UGUGGAAAAUGUUAACUUAUCUACUUCACCAUCGGCCGCCGGCCGCAUUCUCCGGUGGUUUUUAGGCCUUACACCUUACAACUGAUUGCCCCACCACUGCUUACCCUCCCUGAACUGAAGCUCUAGAAAGUAUCUACAAACUAAUCCAAGUACCACAAAGGCUCUUUUGUUCCUCUCAAGAUGGCGGAUACUUCUCUGAAAACCAUCUUCAAUUCAGCGGAGCGUCAAAGACUUGCUGUCGAAUCAUCCGGGGAAACAAACACAGAGAAAUACCAAGAAGAUGUUGCAAAUGCGCUCAGUGCAUAUCAAGAAUGUCGGCAGCUUGCAGAUAGACUUGCAUUAUUCAGUCCAAAUGAAACAUUAGAGGAUAUUAAUUCUAGUGACAUUCAGUAUGUUUAUAGCCAUAAAUGGAAGAAGCAGGCUAAUCGUUCAUUCAAGAUAUUUGGCCAUCCCUUAUAGGAUUGCAGAUUUAGGCCAACGACUUUCUACAACUGAUACAAGUGAUCGAAAAGUAAUUUUACAGGAGGCAAAGAAAUGUUACGAGGCAUUUUUAACCCAAUUGGGACAUUAUGAGAUGCUAUCUACUGCAGAAAAGAAGCUGUAUGCUAAAUAUCAAGAAUCACCAUCUACUUUCUCAACCAUUUCUACCACAGAUCCAACUGCAAGGAGAAAUGCGAAAAUUGCAAAUUUUAAGAUGGAGAAGGAUUUGAAGAAGAAGCUGGAUGUAUGUAUAUGCGGUCUCCAGGAGAGAUUCUAUUUCGACCAGUCUAGGAGCACGCCCUUCUGGUGCGGUGCAAUAAACUGACAGUUGGUAGUUUUUGGCACAAAAUCCAGCCUAUCUACAAAACGAUGAAGAUGCCGUACGCGAAUUAGAAAUAGCCAAACUUUCUUUAUGUUCUCACAAUGCCUUCCAAUCCCUGGAAUCUAUCAAUCGCGAGCUCGAGAUCUUGGCCAUGGCGCCCGUAGGGCCGCGAGUCCCCGAAGGUCAGCAGUCGGACAAUAGAGAAAGAUUAGGUGGCUUGCGUGGGCCAGAUGCAGGAUACUCUGAUCGCUUGGAUAUGAGAGAUAUUACUACAAACAAUAAAGGACCAAUAUUGAGUACUGGAGGAAAACCGUUACGGCCAUUUACUCUGCUCGAAAGUAGGCAGGCAUUACAAAAAGGUGUAUUCAGACCAGGGCAUAAUUUACCGACAAUGACGAUUGAUGAGUAUCUUGAUGAAGAAAGGGCGAGAGGUGGUAUCAUUGAAGGUGGUGGAGAAGCAAGUGGUAUUAUACCUGAGAUUGAUCCUGAUGAUUUUGAGAAAAUGGAUGAGGAGACCGAAAAGGCUAGACGGUGGGAUGAAUUUACGGAGGAUAAUCCAAAGUAAGUUGAUGGUUCAAUUUUGGGAAUAAAUGCUAAUAAUGAUGUCUUCAGGGGCGCUGGAAAUACCUUAAAUAGAGGAUAAAAUAAUGAAUAAUGAAUAACGUGAUACCUUCUAAAGAUAUUGAUAUUCUGUUUCCAUUUGCUACCCAAUAAUUACGUUUCUCCAUGUAAGCGAAUUCGUCGUUUUUCAUACCUUCCCUUCCAUAUGUGCUAAUUAUCAAAUCCGCCUCCAGCUCAAACCACAUUUCUAGGUAGUCAAUUAUGUUUGUUUCUUAUCAUCUUCCUCUUCCCCGUCACGAGAACUAGAUGAGGGACAUUUCUAAGUAUCCAUCAGCAAUGCUUUCUUUAUUUUCAAACUUUAGCAGGACUACGUUCCAGGGGUGUGAUGAUGGUAACCUUCCCUUUGGGAGUAGCAAUGGUUUUUACAAUUACACUAGCGAAAGUGGUAGGGGUGGUUGCGGGAGUGGAAGUGAUGGGGCCGGGAUUUUGAGAUUUGCGGCCUUUUGGAUUUGGAUUCGCCGUAGAGUGUUGCCAUUGGAUUGAUGUUUUUGUGAUGU